AUGGCUCCCCCAAAGCUGAGGGCUUUGCAGCCAUCGCCUUUACCGACGGCAUCGUCGACUUCACCUGGAAACCAGCCAUUGCCCGGUCCAGUCCGCAAGGCCGGAUACGUUCCCGCAUGCGAACCUUGUCGCAAACGAAAGAAAAAGGUUCGCGAUACUGAUUGUCUCCCCCGUCUAUGUGGUCCUGGUCAGCUCGAAAAACUGGCGUCGUAUUUGAACAGUGAGCCAGUGUUCAUUGUCGACCUCCUGACCACUCUCCCCUAUUUCGAAGCCUUGGAGCUUUUCAACAUGCUUCGCGAAAUGCCCCGAGGGAAGGAGACAUCCGAGACUCAGAUUCCUUCUAUACCUCUGGCACCUCUACAGCCGCAGAACCUCAACAAAAGCCUUCUACCAUCAAACCCCAUGAUACAAGAGCUCACGGUCCGACACCCCAUCGCGUACCCUGUAUUGCUACCCAUGGCCGUCAGUGACCUUCCUCUCGAAGAGCUGACUUCCCGGAGACCUGGAAUGACUGCGACGCAGGUCUUGCGUGAUACAGGAUCUCCUUCAUCGGCCGACAUGAUACUCGACGACGACGAAGAAGCAGAAGAUGAUGCUCUUUUUGAGUUUUGUAGUGGGUUACCGCAUCUGACCCAAUCGUAUGUUGAGUACCUCCAAAAGGUCGACCUGACAUUGUGGAUGGAACUGCCUAUUCCCAAUGAAACCGCUGUCCGGGUCAUAGCUCUCUACCUCAACAAUGACUAUCCUGUUCUUCCAUUUUUUCACGCAGAUUUAUUUCUUCAAGAUCUUUGUCAUAAGCGACCCUAUUUCUGCUCGGCUCUCUUGAUAUCCGCUUUACUGGGCUGGGCGUGUCUUCGGCAGCAAGCAUGUACUUGCAUCGAUCCAGAGACUGCUUCGUGGAGCCCUCUCCUUUUCGCCGAUGCCCAAAAAAGAUGGAGUCAGCUCAAUCCUGAUGAGUCCAUCACAAUCACCAGCCUAUCUGCUCUGCAAUUCAUGUGCAUGACGGCCAUAACACAUGGGCAGGAUGACCUGGGAUUGGACUAUCUCAGACAAGUUUUAAAACUUGGCCAGAAAAUGGGUAUUCUGAAUGCUGAGCCGGGGGCCCAGGCGGGUUGGCUUACUGGCUAUCCUGAUUGGAUAAGGGCAUCGUCGUAUGCUGCAUGGGGUGCAUACAACCUAGCAUCUAUAGUCUCACUUCAUUUUCACAUGGUUCAUGUUCACACAGCGCCUGAACUCCCGAUGCCGGGAGGAUUCGAGGAUGACUCGCGUAUCCAAGAUGGCAAAUUGCAUGUCUCGCGUGUUAACGGUCAAGUCUUUAGGGCCAGCUGCAAACUGUGGGUAAUAUUUGCUACGAUAGUCAAAAGGUACUAUGGACAAAGCGAUGCGUCUGACCAAACCCCGUCUGUGGAGUUUGCCGAAAAAAUAUACAGGCAACUCCUUGGUUGGGCAGAUGAACUGCCUCUAGAACUAGUCCGGCAACCCGGUAGUUGCCACGGUGUGCACAUGCUGCACAUUUAUCUCCACGCAAUCAUCACAGACCUUUUCCGCCCGCUGUUACAGGGUGAAUUCUCGUCUGCCCCGCUGCGCACGUUCGAAGCGGACAAUGCGACGCCACAAACGGUGUACCAUGCCUCCAUUGGGCAAAUGAAGCGGCUUCUCCUCUCGCAUCGUUCAGAUAUGGGGCCAGAAGUGCUGUCGAUAUUCUGGCAAAGUUGCGUCAUAUACGUCGCGAAUGCAGUCAUCCACGGCGGAGAAGAUCAACAAGAAAGACAGUUCUAUGUCAAGCUCGGCCUGACUGGACUGCAAGAACUCUAUCUAUCUUACCGUGUUUCCGGUAAAGUAGUCAAGGCAAUUGCGGCAAUGGCGAUUCGAAAUGGGGUUUUGGACAAGGAUCAGGCUGUCGAUGUCCGUCGCCGACUGGAGGAGACUGCGGGACGUUUUGAGAUGGACUCACAGGCGGUGGGGAAAUGGGUUAUUGACUUGGAUCUGGCGGUAACAGAUUUUGCGGGCGCACAGGUAGGGAAACUUGCUGAGGACUUUGACAGCAUUGGUGGAGUCCUCAAGGUGAUCAAUUAA